GUAAAAACAAAUUGAUAAGAUAAGAAAGGAAAAUUUGUAAUUUUAUCAUUUAUGGAGCUUUUCCAACAAGUUUUUCUGAUUUUCAUUUAAAUUUUACAAUGUCGACUUGAUUAUGAGUGAUUCUUUUCAUACUUUAGGGCUCAAUCCCUGCCUGGCUGAACAAUGCGAAAAAAUAGGUGUUCGAAAACCCACUGUAAUUCAGCAAAAAUGUAUACCAGAAAUUCUCAAAGGGUCCGACUGUAUAGGAUGCUCAGAAACCGGCAGUGGUAAAACUUUAGCGUUCUUGUUACCCAUAUUACAUAAAUUUUGCGAAGACCCUUUCGGCAUAUUUGCGUUGAUUUUAUCUCCUACAAGAGAGUUAUGCUAUCAGAUAAACGACCAAAUUUCCGUUGUCGGAAGCGCCAUACAUAUAAGAUCGUGUGUCGUAACAGGCGGAGUUGAAAUGGUAAAACAAGGCCAAGAGUUACAAAGAAAACCUCAUAUUGUUGUAGCCACUCCUGGAAGGUUGGCUGAUCAUCUCGAGAGCUGCGAUACAUUUUCUUUCAAAAACUUGAAAUUUCUCGUUUUGGAUGAAGCUGAUAAACUGUUCGAUGGUCGUUUUAAUCAACAGAUUGGAGUUAUUCUCAAAGCUUUACCGAAAGAAAAACAAAUUUUAUUGUUCAGCGCAACUUUUACCAGCUCGUUUGAACAAAUACAACAAAUUUCCUCGAGAAAAAUAUUUAUUUGGAAACCUACGCUUCAAGACAAUGUUGUUGAAUAUUUAAAGCAGUUGUACGUGUUUUGUCCGAAAGCUGCAAAAAAUGGAUAUUUUGUCCAAGUUAUCCGUUCGUUUUUAUCAACUAAUCCUGAUGCCUUGAUAAUCGUGUUUACGGAUACGUGCAAAAAUUGUCACAUAUUGUCAGCGAUGCUGAAUGAACUUGGUUUUGAAAAUGUUUGUUUAAAUGCUUUGUUUACUCAAAAACAACGUUUAGCUUCGUUACAACAAUUCAAAAGUGAACGCCGUAAAAUACUGAUCGCUACCGAUGUAGCUAGUAGAGGCUUGGAUAUUCCGACCGUGUCUUUAGUAAUAAAUCAUUCUAUUCCUAGCAACGCUACCGAUUAUCUUCAUCGAGUCGGAAGAACAGCCAGAGCUAAAAAGACAGGUACUGCUAUCUCGUUGAUAACUCCGGAUAAUAUUGCUCGAAUACGUUCUAUCGAAGAACAACUUGGCAAAAAAUUCGAUGAAUAUCCAGUUUCAGCUAAAGAUGUGGCUGAAAUUCUAACUCAGGUAAACGUUACCGAACGAGAGGUCACAAUUAAACUCGAAGAAGACGAUCAAUUCAAAGAUGAGAAAAAAAUUAUCAAUAAAAAAAAGAAAAUGAUCGCGAGUGAGUCGAAUAAUCUAGAUAGAAAAACCAAAAAAAGGCGAAAAAAGACUAAAGAUGAGUUGGAAUAGUGUUUUAAUUUAUGAUUGUCUCGCAUCGAUGAUGCAAUGUCGAAGAGUUCAAGUUCAUUUGACAUUUACAAUUGAGUAGAUUUUUUUGGUGUUUUAUUCGCGAAUGUAUAUUUUUUAUAAUUUUUAUUUUAACCUUGAAGUUCUAGGAAGCCGGUAAGAUUACAAAUUAUCAAAGAAUCGCGAACGGUUCAGUUUUUUGUUAAUUAAAUAAUUAACACGAUAAACCAGAUAUCCGACGAUUAAAAAAUUUGUCGUGUUAAAUGACGUAACUUAUGCGUGUAAUUUGCAGUGGGAUUUUCCCCUCAAUUAUGAUGAAAUGUACUUGCACUUGAAAAUUUUAAAACAAACAUUAAAUCAUAUGCUUCCUUA